AUGCGCUCUUCAUCUAUUUUUAUAGCCUUCACAGUCGCGACCGGCGCGAUUGCGGCGUCGGUGCAGACAGUGCCCGACCCAUUGGCCACGAUUGGAGACCCGUCGGAGGUGCUGAGUGUCUCAUACGCUGUUGGGUCAACGAAAGUGAACGUGACUCCUGGUGUGAACUUGAACUCAUCCGUCACACACAAUGCGCCCACCGUGCAUCUGAACGAGACCUCCCUCAGCGGCAGCGGGCCCUACCUCUUCAUGAUGGUCGACCCUGACAUCAACAAGACGAACCCGAUGUACGUCGGAAUGCACACCAUGGCCAUCAAUCUGACGACGAGCGGCAAGACUUCCGAUGAGGAUGCGAUCUGCACGUACUUCUACCCGGAGCCCACCGAGGGACCGGCGCACAACUACACCUUCCUGCUGUUCAAGCAGCCCCAAAACUUCACUGUGCCCAGGCAAUACUCUCCGUUCCUGGCUACCACCUCAAAUACGCCGUACAAUCGGAUCAACUUCCCCCUCAUGGAAUUUGUGAAGGAAGCGGGCUUAGGAGAGCCGGUCGCGGCCAACUACUUCCAGGAGGCGGCCGAGAGCAACUCGACUGCAACGAGCUCGAGCUCGACUACUGCGACCACGGCGACCAGCACGGCCACCGAGACAGCCGCUACCAGCACUCACACAGGCGCCGCCAACAAGUUGGGUUACAGUGGUUCUUAUUUGAUCGGCAUGUCGGUGGCGGUGGGAGCUCUGAUGGUGGCAGUGUGA